AUGAUUCGCUCACUUCUUACCAUUGCCCUGCUGGGUAGCCAAGCCCUCGUCAAUGCGGCGGCGACAAAGGUCGAAAAGCGCAGCAUUGAUGAGAUUUACAAGGCAGCCCUUGCCGAGGGCGGUGUUGUUACCCUCUGGCACGGCGGUGACGAGGCCAAUUCGCGAGAAGACUUGAAAACGGCCUUCGAGCAGCGAUUCCCUGGCAUGACUCUUAAUGUCACUGUCGACUUGUCUAAGUACCACGACGGCAAAUUGGACAAGCAGAUCGCCGAGAAGAACGUCCAGGUGGACAGCAUCAUCCUCCAAACCCUGCACGACUACCCUCGAUGGGCCUCCCAGGGCGUCCUGCUGGAUUACGCUCCUCUUGGCUGGGACAAGAUUCACCCCAAGUUCAAGAACAAAGGAAACGCUUACCACUACGGAAUGGCCAUCAUCGCUUGGAUUGGCCAAUGGAGAUCCGAUAAGCUCCCGGGAGUUGAGGGACCGGUUGAGUGGGAGGAUUGGGUGCGUCCCGAGCUCAAGGAUAAGCUUGUCCUCACUUAUCCCAACGACGACGACGCCGUCCUCUUUGGCUUCGAUCUCAUCAUCAAGGAGCUCGGAACUGAAUGGCUUGAUAAGCUCCUUGCCUUGAACCCUCGCUGGGUUCGCGGUACCAGAUCCCCGAGAACCCUCCUCACCCGCAACGAUACUGAGUGGGCUGCCACCUUCACCGCAUCCGGCGGCCUCAGCCCUGUUGCUCCCUACAACAUCUCCUUCCCCGUCAGGGGCCGCUUCGUCUCUUGGCCUCAGGCUGGCGCUAUUCUGAAGGAUGCUCCUCACCCUGAGGGAGCUAAGCUUCUACAUAGCUUCAUGUUGAGCAAGGAGUUCCUGGAGCCCCGUGGCAGCUGGACCGUUCGCCAGGAUAUUGCGCCCCCUAAGAACUAUCCUUCUAUCCUUGAGAUGCCCGGAACUGACCCUACUGCUUUCGGCAAGUGGAUGUCUGACCGAGCGGCUGUUGAGAGACUCAGAUUCUACCUUGAAGAUCGUAUUGGAACUGCUCAGGGUGUCAGCCCGAUUGUUGACGAUAUCUAA